AUGCAGUCCAUACCCACAGAGUUUGAGGCAUGGAAUUGCGCCGGAUAUCUCAACCUCCGUGAUCAUCAGAUGUUGCUGUUCAUUCUGCACAAGCAGAACAUGACUGGGGAAAGCGGGAUUGCCAGUGGCACCAUAGCGACCACACUGUUGACCAGGGAUGCCUCCGAGCUACAACUGGAGAUGAGUGCUCACUCAUUCAAGGCCAAACUCCAGGUCGAGAUGAAGACACGUGGAGAACCCUCGCAACUCCGCAGGUCGAAUGCUGCAGGCAGCAGUGGGUAUGGGUAUGAGCCAGCUACCCCGACAGCUCCCGAUGAGGUUUCAGUCCUCAGUCCUGCUGUCCCAGAGCAGGCAUUGCACGAGGGGUUUGCAGCAGAGAGAGGGGAGUCCUCAGUCCCCGGUCCUGCUGUGGAGAAUGAUGCGCUGAUCGACUGGGAGUUGUUGCAGUACCAUUUGAGGACACACUUGGACAUUCCGGGGGUGUUCCGUUCAGAGCCCACAAUGCAGUUUUCCUGGCUGGGCCGCCGUGGUGGGUUGGACAUUGCAGCGACAGUCCUGCAGUCCUACAGUCCCUCCUCACUGCCCAAGAACAUGAAAGCAGAGAGCAUGCUGGAGUUCAUUCGGGUACCAGUCCAGAUGGACAAAAUGGCAGCCUGGUUGGAGGAAGCUUUGCUGCAUCGGAAUGAGGUCCCCUGCACCCCGGCCUUGCUGUACCACUACUGCCAGAAGGGCUUCGAGGGCUUCUCCCAGUGCCAGCAGGAGUACUUCUACCCUACGGGGUUGAGCUACAACUUGACCAAACACGUUUCCGAAAUCGUCAUGCUGAUGUGCGAUGCUCUCAUCUUGGCCCGCUGUUUCCCUACGUCUGUCGAAGACAGUCUGGCACCACCGUCGAGAAGAGAGACAGUCUCGCAGUUCUUGGACCAGUAUUUUGGAUAUGGCUGGGCGCGCUGGAGAUGUCCGUUUGACUACGUUCCUGACUACACUCGUGGUGAAUACAGCACAUCGGAGUUCGCAGUCCUGACUGCCCAGGUGGAUGACUUCCGAGUGGACGACUUCUUCGAUGUUGAUGAUCUUUGGUCAUGGUGGCUUCCGAUUAAUGGAACCUUCAUCUGGGCAAUGAGCCAGCAGAACGGCCGCUACGUUCAUAUCGGGGACAACUAUGUCUGGCAGCCCGCGGACAAUUUCAACCCAGAGUAUGCCGAGCGCGAAGUCCUGAAGCCGAAUUGGUGCAUACAGUCCAUUCCUGGAAUCCAGAAAUCCUACAUGCAAAUUGGGAAAUGGACUUGCAACCGCAUCGGUGUUGCCACCCCAGAGUUUCGAAAGCGCAAGAUCUUCAUUCUCGAGAUGACCCACGAACCAGGCCGGCACUCCCAGCGCAGGCCAUCUUUGACUUUGAUCAAAGCACCUUGGCUUGACAAAUUUUAA